UCUCGCAUCCAUUCCUUAUGUUUCCUCAACUGAUUCUGACAGUCACUGAGGUGCUAGCGCCAGUGCUGAACCUGUGCCAAAGGCGACCUCAUGGAACUGUCCAUAGUAGUAUUAUGGAUCCGAUUCUUUUUCUGACGGAAUCACAAGAAUCAGUGACAGGCCUUCUUCGAACAUGAUUCCAAAAUGCCGUGCGUCAUGCGUUAGGGAUAUAAGUGACUUUGUAUUCCCUCAGCACUAGCGCUCGAAAUGUCAUCGAUUCCCUCGAUACCAAUACCGAUAUCUGAUAUUCCCUCCGAGCUGGCAACGACGCUUGGAGCGCUUUUCAUUGGGUCAACAAUAGCCGCAGUCUGUUAUGGAAUAACCAUUCUGCAGACCGUCGUCUAUUACAAACUAAAUCCUGGCGACCCGUGGAUAUUUCGCUACUCGGUCGCCUUACUAUGGAUACUCGAUACGCUCCACGUUGCGUUGAGUACCCACGCGCUGUAUUUUUAUCUUAUCGAAUUAUUUGGAAAUUAUAUCGCACUGCUGUCGAGGAUCAUUUGGAGCUUUCCGCUGCAACUUUUGAUCAAUGUAUUGAUUAACUCUGCUGUCCAAGCAUUAUAUGCUGUCAGAAUAUGGAAACUCAGCCGUAGUUUUAAAAUGGUCUUACCGCAGUUUAUCUUCAUCCCUGUCGCGGCUACGUUCGGCACGGGACUCUAUGUGAUUUAUGAUGCAUAUACCCUCUCAAGCUUCUUGGGUGUUUCGAACAUCAGACCAUGCAUAUAUACGGUUUUCUCUACCAUGUCCGCAGCAGAUUUCAUCAUUGCUGGCGUGAUGUGCUUCUGCCUUCACAAAGGAAAGACCGAGAUGACUACUAUUUCCAGCACUACUAAAACAAUCGUGAAACUAAUGCGGAUCGUUGUGAUAUCCGGGCUGUUGACGAGCACAUGCUCUCUUUUUACUCUCAUUUCGUACAUUAUCUGGCCCGACACUCUCAUUUUCUUCGCAAUUGGCACCUUCGUUCUACCAAAGCUGUACAUAAAUUCCCUGCUGGCGAUGCUGAACUCCCGCAAGAGUUCCAUGUGGUCGGUCGGGAAACAACGUUAUGCUGACCCAAAGAUGAUCCGCUUUUCUCCUCAUGACGCUGAGAAUGGGGCGGCUGACUCAGGACAGACGGAUGUCACUAUACCCGGUCUUUCCGGAACAGGAACAGAUGCGAAUGUCAAUCUAUCUUUCCAUGCUGCGGAAAGAAGCCAUUUGAGUAGCGCAGGUGAUAUGACAUUCGCGUAAUGGCACGCCCAACGUUUUGUUUGAUUACAUGUCCGGCAUCCAAUGACAACUGCGAGUUUCUCCAUAUUCAAUGUGAUCCAGAACCAAUAGAAGCAGCAUUGCUACUAAACAAAACAUAUUCACCUUGAUACAGAACAUUUCGUGGAUGGACGAUGCACGCACUCCUACUCAUCCUAAUGAACAAGCUCAACCGAUAACGCGUCCUCCCUAUAUCAAGAUUCGAUACCAAUCCCCAAGAUUCCGCGCGAUAUGGGAAAUGGCAACAAAGGCAUAACGAAAUUGUCAGUUUUUGCGUCAGGUAACUAAAGAUAACAAUGCGAAGGGACGUUCCGUACUCCAUCCAGCGAAAUAAUUAAAAGAGUUGAAGAACAAAAAAUGAUCAUUAGUCGUGGAUGAGUCGGACAACAACGGCUGGAACAUC